AUGGCGAUCCGCGGAAAAAGGCUCGUGCUUGUGGUGUCUUUUGUAUGCACUCUGUUCUUCUUUCUCUUGCAUCUCUAUGGAUCCUCCCUCGGGACCCUUCAUAGUGCUGAAGGAGAGCCGUUUGGUAGGCUGGAAGGAGUCACUCACCAGCUCUUGAAGCCCUUGAAGGGCCAUGUGAUCAAUCCCAUUGUCAGCUAUAUCCCUCUUCCCACAGCGGUUCAAGUUCUCCCUAAAAUCCAACACGAUUUCAAGCCGGAGACUGGGCUUGCCAGGGAAUCUCGACUGGCUCGUCUGGAGGUGAUCAAAGAGGCCAUGAUGCACUCGUGGACAGGAUACAGACAGAGGGCCUGGUUGCAAGAUGAGUUGGCUCCGGUGUCAGGAGGAUAUAGAACGUCCUUUGGUGACUGGUCUUUGACGCUGGUAGAUGCCCUGGACACGCUUUGGCUGAUGGGCUUCAAGGAUGAGUUCGAGACCGCGAUUCACGCUGUGGCCAGCAUUGACUUCACAACUGCUAAGCAAGUGCCCAUCAAUGUCUUUGAGACCACGAUCCGGCAUCUUGGAGGGUUGCUCGGGGCGUACGAUGUGAGCCGUCGACAAUAUCCCAAAUUGCUCGAGAAGGCCAUAGAGCUUGGUGAUAUGCUGUACGGUGCAUUCGACACACCGAACCAUAUGCCAGUCACCAAGUGGUCAAAGAUUGGCGUAGAAGGCGCAUCAGGCCAUACACUCGUUGCUGAACUUGGGACGCUGAGUCUCGAAUUUACCAGGCUCACGCAGCUGACUGGAGACCCGAAGUACUAUGACGCGGUGCAGCGCAUCUCUGACUGCCUUGAAUCCCAGCAGAACUAUACAAGGGCUCCGGGUCUUUUCCCUCAUAUUGUCAAUGCGAGGGAAUGCUGGUUUGGGGACGGUGUGACCUUUUCUAUCGGCGGGUCUGCUGACUCUGUCUACGAAUAUUUCCCCAAGGAAUAUCAGCUGCUUGGUGGCGCCAACGACCAGUACAAGAAGCUCUAUGAAAUCGCCAAUAACCCGAUGAAGGAGUAUAUUCUCUUCAGACCCAUGACUCCGACCAACGAAGACAUUCUCAUGGCUGGCACCCUAAAGUCCUUCAGGCCCGGUCAUAAUGAACUCAUACCACAGACCCAACAUCUCGCUUGCUUUGCAGGAGGCAUGUUCGCUUUGGCAGCGAAGCUUUUUGACAACCCUGGAGACCUGGAGACGGCCGGAAAACUGGUCCACGGCUGCAUCUGGGCGUACCAGCAGACUGCGACAGCCAUCAUGCCAGAGAUGUUCCACCUCAUCUCGUGCCCCGCUGACGAUCGUCAAUGUCAAUGGGACAGCAAGGCCUGGUUCAAGCACAUGCUUCUCCACAACUCCCACGACGAGACUCCUCAGGACAAACUGCUGCCUGAAGACGAACGCCUUCGCAAGAAGUCACAACGGCUGCGCUUGCCCAAAGGCGUCUCAGCCAUCGCCAGCCGUGCCUACGAACUGCGCCCAGAAGCAAUCGAGUCGAUCUUCGUCCUGUAUCGGAUCACCGGGGACGAGUCCCUGCGUGAAAGCGCGUGGGCCAUGUUCGAGACCAUCACUAACCACACGCGCACCGAGUUUGGGUAUUCGUGCAUCGAAGAUGUAACACAGUCCAACCCGAGGAAGACGGACAGGAUGGAAAGUUUCUGGAUGGCAGAGACGCUGAAGUACUUUUGGCUGUUAUUCGAAGAUCCCAGCGUCGUGAGCCUCGACGAGUUCGUCCUCAACACAGAGGCGCACCCGUUUCGAUUGCCGAAGCAGCGGUGA